UUGACGUCGAGGCGCGGGGACGGCGAGGUCCCGUUCGGCUCCAUCGGGAUAACUGUGGACCAACAUUUGGGUGAUUUGUCUCACUCACACGGCCACAAUACGGAAUUUAUACUAGCAGACACCGCUCAGUUCACCAUGCAGAGACCGAGCGGUCCGGGGACGGCGUUUUCCAUCGAUUCUUUGAUUGGCACUCCACAGCCGCGGCCGGGCCACCUGCUCUACACGGGCUACCCGAUGUUUAUGCCGUACCGACCGCUCAUGAUUCCGCAAGCCCUGUCUCAUUCGUCAUUACCGUCAGGUAUCCCUCCGUUAGCGCCUCUGGCAUCCUUCGCGGGGCGUUUGACAAACACUUUUUGCGCGGGGUUGGGGCAGGGGAUGCCCUCCAUGGUUGCGCUCACCACCACGCUGCCCAGUUUCUCGGACCCUCCAGAUAGUUUCUAUCCCCCGCAGGAGAUGCCGGGACCCCGGUUAAGCGCUAAUGGGACGGGGAUCAACCGGCAGGACAGCCCACACGAGGAGCUCAAGGGCUCAGAUCUGCUGAAUUUCUCGGAAACAUUUCAGGCAGUUGCAGGCGAAACCAAAUUAUACAGUUCAGAUGACGAGAAACUGGACCUGAAAUCAGCGGAGGCAGCGUGCAGCGACAGAGAGGACAGUUCGGCCGACAGCGAGAACGAAAGUUUCUCCGACGGAAACACCUGCGGUUCAGCGUCCCAGAAAGGGAAAUUCAAAGCCAGCUCACAGGACGCGUUACCCCCGGGCGGUUCGGCGGGUAAGAGCCGGAGGAGACGGACUGCUUUCACCAGCGAGCAGCUGCUGGAACUGGAGAAAGAGUUUCACUGUAAGAAGUAUCUGUCUCUCACCGAGCGCUCGCAGAUCGCACACGCACUCAAACUGAGCGAGGUCCAGGUCAAAAUCUGGUUCCAGAACCGCCGGGCCAAGUGGAAGCGCAUCAAAGCCGGCAACGUCAACAACAGAUCCGGGGAGCCCGUGCGGAACCCCAAAAUUGUGGUGCCCAUUCCCGUGCAUGUCAACAGGUUUGCUGUUCGGAGUCAGCACCAACCGAUCGAACAAGGCACCAGGCCAUGAACUCAAACUAAAAUCACAUGACCUUGAACUCCUACAAUUAACAUUUACAUGACCCACAGGUUCCUGCAGGUCUUGGAUGAAACAGUACAAAUGCAUGAAGCACACCUAAAAGGAAACGAUUCCACUAUCUAGAAGGAUAUAAACUGACUUUAUAAUAACUUUCAUUAUGAAGUCAUUAUCAAAUAUGAGGCCUAGUCAUUAUAAAAUGCUUGACAGAUCAGCGGUUCAUGUAGCUAUACUUCAU